AUGCAUGCGGCACAGGACACUUCCAUGGUGGCGGAGGUUGUCGCCCACGGCCUCCGCUGUUUACUGUCAGCCAUGGGGCGUCAGUCGCUUGAGGCAGUGCAGCAGUGCGCCGUGGUGGUGGUGCAGGCGGUGACGCACGCGCGCCACGGACGCUGCGGCAGUACCCGACUUCCUGUCAGGGGGCAAAUCACUGUGCUGCGCUCGUUAGUCCCCGCUGCAGUGGAUUCUGUGUUUAUAUUUCUGCAGCGCCUUCACGCGAGUCCAAAUUUCGGCGAAGGCGAACACAGUCUCUCAACAACGUUGAUAAAUUUAGUGUUUUGCGCCAUCACUCUGCUUCGCCUAGUGGGGUCUGAUCUGCGGCGGCAGCCCAAACAAGAGCAGCAGUCCACUGGCGAUGCAGCUCUGUCUCUUUCAAGUGGCGAAAUUGCGCACUUGAUGGGGAUGCACGCCAAGCUGCAAGACGAACUGAACACCGUGUUGACUUCCCACUUCUCCCUCAUUGUGUACAAUGCGGAGCAUCAACUCUGGCAAUUGGAGACGGCAGCGUCUUCCGAGGACACGUUGGGGCUUCCUGAGCUGCAUGCGGUCCCACAUACAACCCUCUUUUUACAACCUGCUGAUGCUUGGAUUUGGCUGAUGGCGGAGGCGACAACGAGUGGUGUGGUGACGCUGUCGCCCACCUCCGCAUUGAACAGCACCACACAGAUGACACCGCCCUGGCUGACGCGGGCGUUUCUUUCAAUGAACUCACAAGAUACCCUUGACGCCUCAUUUGCCCAAAAAUUUAUGAGUGUUGUUCUUUCCCUUUAUGCUUUGUUGCUGAAACGCUGGAUGCGGUCCCUCCCGGGGCUUGCCGAGGCCCUGCAACGCUGGGGCAACGUUGAUGGCAUUUCAUUCUUUGACCUCACUAUUCCCUUCUCCAUGAGGCAUUGGGAGACAAGCAAUCGGAACGACCUGACAAUACUCGCUGAAAUCUGUGUGGUUCUCCACGAUCUUAUCUGUCACGUUCCUGUUAUCUUUGACGGGACAAAGUCACUUUUACAGCUGCAACGCGUGCUCUCACAGCUGAGUGUUGUGCGCUUUUUUUUUGCGGCACAGCGUCCACUUGGUGCCUCCAGUGUUGCCGAUGGCUUAUCCGUCGAGUUGUCACGAUUACUAGAAGCGGCAUCAGAGCAUGUAUUUUUUUAUUUGGAUCAUUCGCGAUGUGCGCAACUUCCCCACGAGUCGAGUUUGCCACAUCUCCAGUUGGCAUUUUUUGAUUUGGCUUCCUACACCUUUGAGCGACACGCAGGUGAGGACACGGCAUUUCUCGCUUUGGUGCGACCUCCCUCAGUAUGCGAAGCAUUAAACUUUGCGUCCAUGGUGAGAUGCUUUGGGUCUUCGGGAUCCAUGGAAGGCGUGGGUGCCCAAAAUGGGCCUCUGGGCGUUCAUGAAGAUAUUGCCACCUCAAGGCGAAGUGCAUCAUUUGCUCAAUCCAUUGUUUUGGCCUUUGAGGAGGUGUUUUUUUGUCUUUGUGCCUUUGGCUGUCUGGUAGAAGAGGCCCCAUCGUUGUACCUUUUUUUUGAAUCAGUUUCACAGACACUCCGUGGGGCGUUUGCGAAGAGUCAGGUGCCCACAUCUCUUCUUGCCUCUUCUUGUACCGGCUCGCCACUGAAACCAGGAGGAAAUGUAUUUUCAUGUGUACUCACUGCGGAGGCGGUAAAGGCAGUCGAGGACGUCGUUUCACUGUAUACGGUAAGGGUGCAGUUGACAUGCGGGAUGGGCCCCGGCGAUGGCGCACUGCCAAAGCAUCGUCGCUACUGGAUGCUAGCAGUCUCGCAUUUACGUAUGGCGGACUUUGAGUCUCAAGCACAGAUGGCGUUCGGUGUUGUGUUGGGUUCUGCUGCUGAGUACAGCACGGCAUUUUUUGCUUGUAGUCCGUCGGGUAGUAGAGAGUGGCUGCAGCUCGACGAUGGUGAUUUCUUGUGUGAGGGAGAUGACUCAGCGGUUUUGCGGCUCCUUUCCAAACAACGUGCGCUGGAAACAAGGACCCAUCGCAUGUCUAACUUUUCCUCCACAAUUCGUGAGCGGCUUGUUGCGGCUUCCAUGCGAUUUCUUCUUUUGGCUCUGCGUGAGGCAGUCCUUUUUGAGGAGGCGAUGGAAUAUACCAAAAUGGAUUACCCGGGAGGCUGCAGUGCCGCUCCCCUUUCCCUCCCCUCUGCCACCGCCUUCGCUUCAGCUUUGGGUGGAGAGUUAUCCCAAUCCUCUGCGUAUGCAACAGCUUUUACCCGCUUUCUCCUGAUGAUGGAGUACAUCCCUUCCGCGACGGUGGUGAAAUUCUCGGAGAUGUGCUGUCGCUCUAUCUCUGAGUUUCGGCCUACAGUUGCGUGUAAAACAAGUUCGCAUGGUAUGGUUACCGAGGCGGAUGUGCUUGCUGCCCUCAGUUACCAGCUCUCAUUGUCAUUUUUUACCGCUUAA